AUGAAGUCACCACCUACGCUCCGUAUUGGCGUUGAUGUGGGAGGCACCAACACAGACGGCGUCAUCCUGGACCUGGCGCAGUCCUCCCAGCCGGACAGGGGCAUCCGCGCGUGGAAGAAGUCGAGCACGACCAGGGACCCGAGCGAUGGCAUCAACAACGUCAUCCGCGAAAUGUUUGCGCAGUCCAGCGUCGACCCGGCCGACGUCGCCAGCGUCACUAUCGGCACGACCCAUUUCAUCAACGCCGUCGUCGAGAUGGACCAGUCGCGCCUCGCCCGGGUCGGCGUGAUCCGGCUGGCGGGACCCUUCUCCAAGGACAUCCCCGUCGGCAUCGACUGGCCGCCGCGGCUGCGCAACAUCAUAUGCGGGCACCGCGGCAUCAUCGAUGGCGGGCUGGAGAUUGACGGGACGCUGAUCGCCGAGCUGGACGAGGACGCGGUGAGGAGUCAGUGUGAGGAGAUCCGGGCCAAGGGGAUCAAGAGCAUCGCUAUCAUCGGGGUGUUCAGCCCCAUCGACAUCGUGUUCAAGCAGGAGGAGAGGGCGGCCGAGAUCAUCCGCAGCAUCUACCCCGAAGCCGACAUCGUCUGCUCCAAGGACGUGGCCAACAUCGGCUUCCUCGAGAGGGAGAACGCCGCCGUCCUCAACGCCUCUAUUCUACCCUUCGCCCGUCGGACCAUCCACUCGUUCCAAAGCGCCAUUUCCCGCCUGAACUUGAAAUGCCCCGUCUUUGUCACGCAAAACGAUGGCACCAUUCUUCCCGCCGCUGCCGCCGCGAGGCUACCCAUUCGGACGUUCUCCAGCGGGCCCACCAACAGCAUGCGGGGUGCGGCUUUCCUGAUGCAGGAGCAGGAGAAAGAAGUCAUGAUGGUUGUAGACAUUGGCGGCACGACGACUGAUGUCGGCCUCCUCCUGAGCAACGGAUUCCCGCGACAGGCCGCGGCGUAUAGCGAGAUCGCUGGCGUCCGCACCAACUUCUCUUACCCUGAUGUCAGGAGUAUCGGCCUUGGAGGUGGAUCAAUAGUCAGCCACGACAAGGCCGGAAACCUGACAGUUGGCCCGGAGAGUGUGGGCUACCAGAUCCAGCAAAAGGCGUUGAUCUUCGGUGGCAAUAUUCCGACCACCACGGACUACACUGUACUGGCAGACAAGAGCGUGGAAAUUGGAGACCGAUCAAAACUGGAGGGCAAAGGCCUUGAGUCCACUCUGCCCGAGUUCAAAGCUAAGGUCAAAUCAAUGCUGGAAGGCAUUGUGGACACGAUGAAGACAUCGCCCGAGGAUAUCCCCGUCGUGCUUGUCGGAGGCGGCGCAGUCAUUGCUCCCGACAGUCUCGAGGGUGCAAGCAGAGUUGUCAAGCCCAACUGGUCGGGCGUGGCCAACGCAAUCGGCGCGGCAACGGCCCGCGUUAGCGGUGUGGUCGACUCUGUCGAGAGCACCGAGACAAAGACAAAAGAUGAGAUCAUGCAAGAUCUAUGCGAAAGAGCCGUCGAUAAGGCGGUCGAGAAUGGAGCCGUGAGAGACACCGUGACCAUUGCGGAAAUGGACAGCUUCCCACUUCAGUACAUUGCCAAUAAGUCUCGCAUGAUUGUGAAAGCAGUGGGCGAUUUUGACUACUCUCGGACUGACUUUGAGGACGUGCCGGUCAAUGCAGACGGCGAUCUGGACGAGUUUGCAGACGACACGAACCAUAUCGCCCAGAAGAAGGCUGGUGUCGAGGACUCCUCCGAGGUUCCCGACUCAUCACAUUCGGUAGUCUUCACCAAGGAGUAUGUUAAUUCGUACAAACCCAAGGUUACCAACAGACAAUGGCUCUUGUCCGAGACCGACCUAGAGUUCAUCACAAUCGGCUGCUACAUCCUGGGGACGGGAGGCGGCGGCAAUCCCUACCAGCAUUUCCUCCGUCUGCGAGAGAUGCUGCGGGAAGGUGCCACGCUCCGGGUCAUUUCGCCUCAUGACCUCAAGGAUGAUGACAUCGUUGCAUGCGGUGGCGGCAAGGGUUCACCACAGGUCUCUAUCGAGAAGCCCCAUGGAGACGAGAUCCUGGAGUCGCAGCGUGAGCUGUACGAGUAUUUCAACAAGACACCGACUGCUGUCAUUCCGCUCGAGAUCGGCGGAGGAAACGGCUUGCAGGGCCUCGCCAUAGGUGCUUCGUCGGCAUUAGACAUCCCAGCCAUCGAUGGUGACUGGAUGGGCAGAGCCUACCCAGUAUCAUGGCAGACGACGCCAGUCGUCUUUGAGCCUAAGCCAGUGAUGGUACCUACCUGCAUCUCUGAUGGCAACGGUAGGAUAAUUAUCAUGAAGAAAGCCCGCUCCGAGCUGGACGCAGAACGUGCCCUGCGUGGUGCUCUGUCGCAAAUGGGCUCCCACGUCGGCUGCGCGAAGGGCCCAGUGUCCGGCAAGAACACCAAGGAGUGGGUCGUCGAGAACACAAUGUCGCUGUCUUGGAGAAUUGGCCGUGCCGUGGCCCUGUCCCGAUGCACCAACACCAUCGACACCGUGGCCGAGUCAAUCAUUGCCGAGGUCGGCGGCGCCCAGUCGGCCAGGGUUCUCUUCAAGGGCAAGAUCAUCGGUGUCGAGCGCGUCACACGUCUGGGGCAUGCGUACGGCGAGGUCAUCAUCGAGUCGACCGCCGCUGCCGCCGAGGGCUCGGCUAAGGAGCGUCUGAUUAUCCCGUUCAAGAACGAGAACAUCUACGCCAAGAAGAUUGAUGCUACAGGCAAGGAAGAGAUCUUGGCCAUGGUCCCAGAUCUGGUCUGUGUCAUCGAUGCGCAGAAUGGCGAGGCGUUGGGCACACAAGAGUACCGUUACGGCCUGCCCGUGGUUGUGCUUGGUAUGACGGCAUCAGAGAAAUGGACCUCGACCGCGAGGGGUCUUGAGAUCGGCGGGCCCAAGGGCUUUGGCUUUGACGAACUGGAAUACAAACCUCUAGGCAAGUUCGUCAAGCCGCGCAGUGUUAUUGACGAGUUUGAUGUAUCUGCUUGA